AUGGCUUCAGAUCCGGCAUUGUUCACGGCCUCAAGGGGCCAGACCCUGACAUACCUGCUAGCGGUUUGCCCCUUCUCUAUCGCAUUCCUAGUUUUCAUCAACUCCUCGGUUUCCUUCGUGGUAACGGAUCUGAUCGGACUUCAAGAUGGAGAGGGUGAUGCGGUGGGGACAUUGGGAUUUGCCGAUGAGCUACUCGCGCUAGCUGCCUGUCCUCUUUGGGGCGUGCUUUCUGAUCGGAUCGGUGUACGUCAUGUUUGUACUAUUGGCUAUGCCAUCAUUGCUCUCGCAUUGGUUCUUUUCGUGCAGGCUACGAAUGUCUAUCCGCAGCUUCUCCUCGGUCGGCUGCUUUUCAGUCUCGGUGGCUCGGCCGUAUCUACCAUGGUCACGGCAGUCUUGCCCACUGUGACGGGUAAGGCCCUCCACAACCAGGGAUACCGGGCCUCUGUCUCGUCAGAAUUGACCAUCACGCCUGAGCGGCUGCGUGGCCUUCAAAAUGGAAACUUGGACUCCAAGGCUCGUUCUUCACCUUCGGCUCGACUUUCAGGCUUUGUUGGGCUGUUCGCUGGCUGUGGGGCUCUUGUUUCCCUCGCGGUCUUUCUUCCUCUCCCUGCCCGAUUUGAGAAGCUGGGACUCUCCCCCGCCGAGUCUAUCCAACGAAGCUAUUACCUUGUCGCUGUUGUCGCAUUCAUCAUCAGCGUGGUCAGUUUUCUUGGGCUUCGUCGUCUCCCCGGGGAAGAAGGUAAAGGAUGGUCUUCUUUGCGGACCUGCCAUUCGGCACGAGAUGAUCAACCUGCCACUCUUCCAUACUGGAAGCAAUUGACUACGGCAAUGCUUCUGGGAUUCCGCAACCGCAGCAUUGGACUGGGGUAUAUGGGCGGAUUCGUCGCUCGGGCAUCAUCAGUGGGGAUCUCUCUGUUCAUCCCCUUGGCGGUAAAUCACUAUUUCCGUGUCUCGGGUCUCUGUGAUGAGCAGCCCGUCCAGGGAUCGGGACUGUCGGACAUUAAACGCGCCUGCCCACGCGCAUACAUCCUUGCAUCUAUCCUCACCGGCGUCUCUCAGCUGGUGGCUCUAUGCGCGGCGCCGGCCUUCGGGUUCCUGACCGACAAAUCCAGACGAUAUAAUGUGCCACUACUGCUAGCGGCUUUCCUUGGUGUGAUUGGGUAUAUGUGGUUUGCACAAAUGCCCAAUCCGCAAUUCAACGGUCCGGAUGGCAAUGCGGUGGUCUUCCUCGUGAUGGGACUGAUCGGCCUUAGCCAGAUCGGGGCUAUCGUGUGCAGUCUUGCGGUACUCAGCAACGGGAUCCUGCGGGUCAGCUUGGACGACGACACGCUGCGCAAGAUCUAUGACGAACGAGCCGAGAUGGAUGCUGAUGUGGACGAGUCAGGUGAAGGUCGACCGCUUCUCGCGGGGUCUGUAAACCGACGACUGGAGCAUCUGUCGCAUUUAAAAGGGUCUAUUGCGGGAGUGUAUUCGCUAUACGGUGGCGCAGGAAUCCUACUCCUCACCAAGCUGGGAGGGUUGUUAUUCGACCAAGUAUCCUCGGGAGCCCCAUUCUAUAUCAUGGCGGCAUUUAACGGGAUCUUACUCGUUGUGGGCAUCCUCGCUGGGAUCCUAAAUCAAGUUGUGCCUGUGGUGGAGGUCUCGGUAUAG